AUGAUGGACCGGCUCCCGAAAUCGUUUGGGAGAUGGUUCCUAGCAGCGACUACCCUGCUAGCCCAUGCCCACAUCUCUGGAUCAGAGUUCCACUCCAUCAUCCUUCGCAGCAGCAGUCGGCUCACUGAGCCACCGGUUGUCAUCGGAAGCUCAGGGGCGCUGGACUGCUGUAGCAGGUUCAUGAGCUUCGGGCGCGCGUUCAAGCAGACCUACGAAAUCUACAUCGAGUGGGUUCAAGAAAGGGGCGGUCUGCUUGUGAAUGGCACCUGGAGGCCGGUUGAGAUACGAGUGGGUAACGACAUGUCAGAGGCGGAGAAUGUGAGAGCGGUCUUCGAGAGGCAUGUUUACGAUGGUGUGAGCCUUUGGCUCAGCACCUACUCGUCUGGGCUGUCUAUGGUGGCAGCAGAUGUAGCCAACAGCUCUGGUGCUUUGUUGGUGGUUCAAUCUGGAGCUUCCACAGCAAUCACCAGAGAUCGCCCGACUGUUUUCAAUGUCAACCCGCCUGCGCGGAACUAUAUGAGGGGCUCGUUCGAGGCCCUCAUUGCCAGCGGGAUUGGGACAAUUGCUGGUUUCUACGAAGCCAGCGGCGGUCCGAGGGCGGUUUGCAGCCCGCUGCAGGAUCUCGCAUCGGAGUACAACAUGACCUUGCUAAGCAACCGGGAGAUCCCAUUCUCCGCAAAUGGCUCCGUCGUGAAGGAUCUCGUAGCAGGACUGAAAUCUGCGCGUCCCGAUGCCGUUUUCGGGUGUGUCUACGAGCAGGUGUGCCGCAGCUUCGUGGAGGAGAUGCUUGAGCAGCAGUUCGAACCGAAGGCAGUGAUCUUCACGGUCUGCGUAACGUCGGACAGCAUCUCCCAGCUGGGGGCGAAGGGGAGGUGGCUGACCGGGGUGACUUCGUGGCUGCCCUCCAUGCCACACCAGUCGGAGGAGACGGGCUUUUCUGCCGCAGAGUUCGGCGCCCUUUACAGGUCCAAGUACACGGAGGACCCGCCGUACCAAGCUGCUGCUGCCUGGGCUGCCAUCGUCAGCUUGGGGAGGGCUGUUGAGAUGGCGAACUCGACGGAACCAGCCGUGGUCUCCGCCCAGCUGCAACGGCUGGACCUGGAAACACUGUACGGCCGAGUCUCCUUUGACGAGCACGGCCAAACUCCCAUGGAUUUCAAGGCUGUUCAGCUACAAGAGGUGGGCAUGCCGCCGGUGGUCGUGUCGCCCUUGCACAAGGCGGUCGCGCCUUUGCGGCUUAUGCCCUCCUCUUCAGAGCGGCAGUGUGCCAGCGAGGCGCCCUCCGCUUAUGGGAACGAUGAGUCUGGGACCUGUGUGAGGUGUCCCGACAGCUCCUUCUCCCUGUGGAAUCGCUCCCUGCGGGUGCGCCGCUGCAUCUUCUGCCCUCCCGGUGGCUCCCUGGACCAGGAGUCCGGUUUAGGCUUAGGGGCGUCCAGGGCUUGCGAGUCGAGUUCUGGCGACGCUGGGAUCUUGAUGGAUUCUGGGCUUUGCGAACGAAUCGCAGGAUGGCGUUUGCUCGCCCUGUGCGCCCGGGAAGGCCAGGCUCUUUCCUGCGGAGGGCCCCCACAAAGUCAGAGCCAUGGAAACACAAAGCUUGCAACCUAG